CACAUGCUCUUUCGACACGCCCCCGUCAGUUUCGAACCACGCCCAUGCUCUCACGCACCCCAUUAACUUGCACACUGAACUCACUCCAUGCGCAUUCUUCUUUCUGAAAACUUCGUGGCUUGUUUGGACAGAGAGCACAAGUAGCCCGUUAAGAACUGAAAGAAAAUGCCAGAGGCGAGAGGACGAGACACUGUGACCGAGCCUUCUGAGGAUCCUCAGAUAUGGAGCGAGAAGAGCAGAGAAACAACGCCAGAGCAGAGAGAGAAGUGGGCCAACAAGACAGAGUUUCUUCUGUCCAUGGCUGGUGAAAUCAUUGGCCUGGGCAACGUUUGGCGUUUUCCUUAUCUCUGCUACAAGAACGGGGGAGGGGUAUUCUUCAUCCCUUACUUUGUCUUCCUCGUCUUCUGUGGCAUCCCUAUCUUUUUCUUGGAGACUGCAUUGGGUCAGUACACCAGUGAAGGAGGGAUCACAGCCUGGAGGAAGAUAUGUCCUAUGUUUGAAGGAGUUGGCAUUGCAUCUCAAGUUAUUGUGAUCUACCUGAACAUCUACUACAUUGUGGUUCUUGCCUGGGCGGUUUUCUACCUCUUCAGCUGUUUCCAGAGCACAUUGCCUUGGAUCUCCUGUACCAACGAAUGGAACACACAAUUUUGUCAUACAUAUAACACAAGUUUGCUGAACUCUGGCCUGAAUGGGACAGAUGCUGACUGGUCCUUCCUGCACAAUGAAACAAACAACUACAGUAGCAGUUUCAACUACUCUGCAGCAUACAAGGUUGUCUCUCCAGAGGAGGAAUUCUGGCUUUAUCGUGUGCAGAGGAUUUCCAGCGAUGAUUUCCUGGGCCCACCGCACUAUGACCUGACGCUCUGUCUUUUGCUGGUCUGGAUUAUCUGUUACUUUUGCAUUUGGAAAGGAGUCAAGACCACAGGCAAGGUGGUUUAUUUCACAGCCACAUUUCCAUACAUCAUGUUGCUGAUUCUAUUUUUCCGAGGAGUCACGCUACCUGGUGCUGGAGCAGGAAUCAGCUAUUACCUCUAUCCUGAUAUCUCCAAACUCUCCAAUCCUGAUGUUUGGCGUGACGCAGGGACCCAAGUGUUUUUUUCCUAUGCUGUGUGUCAGGGAGUUCUCACAGCAUUGGGAAGCUAUAACAAAUACCACAAUAACUGCUACAAAGAUUGCAUCGCUCUCUGUGCCCUGAACAGUGGCACUAGCAUCUUUGCAGGCUUCGCUGUGUUCUCUAUCCUGGGCUACAUGGCUCAUGAGCUGUCCUUACCUAUGGAGGAUAUAGUGCAAUCAGGUCCAGGCCUUGCCUUUAUAGCAUAUCCCAAAGCCCUGUCUCUCCUCCCAGGCCCUCAUUUCUGGUCUGUUCUCUUCUUCCUGAUGGUCCUCUUUCUUGGGCUAGACAGCCAGUUUGUGUGUGUGGAGAGUCUUGCCACAGCGCUCACCGAUGUUUUCCCUAGAAUUCUGAGGAAACCAAAGCGCAGGGAGAUUCUGGUGUUGCUCAUUGCCGUGGUCUGCUUCCUGCUGGGCCUUCCUCUGGUUACUCGGGGUGGGCUCCACCUUUUCAAGCUGAUAGAUAUGUACGGUCCCAGUGGAACGAACCUGCUUCUCAUUGCGUGCUUUGAGACUGUGGUCAUUGCCUGGGUGUAUGGUGCCGACCGUUACUUUGAGAACAUCGAGGACAUGAUAGGAUAUCGUCCCUUGUCUGUGCUGAAGUAUUGCUGGCUCUUCAUCACCCCGUUGAUCUGUGGAGCCACUCUUUUGUAUGAUCUGAUCAGCAGUCAAUCACUCAAGGAUUCAACAGACUUCGUACCCAGCUGGAGUUCUGCAAUCGCCGCCCUUCUCACUCUGACGCCGAUGAUCUGCAUCCCCCUCUUCAUCCUGUUUCCUAUCUUGAGGGGUCAUGACCUGACCGUACCCUCCGCUGACCUGCGACAGCGCAGUCCAAACAAGCCUCGGCUAACGCUGUGUGAGCGUGUCAUCAUUAAGUCACAGAAGCUUUCUAACACAGAGGGAGAUAAAAGUGGCGAGGAAAAAAAUCUGAAGGAGGACACCACUGACAUGUGAAGUGUAGUAUGACAUCAGCAGCGAUCAUUUGACCUCAUAUUGUCUGGAUGGGCACAGAAACUCUUUGUUAGAUAAUGAAACCUCAAGUAAAAUAAACCUCAGCUACAGUCCAGGAAUGCAAGAUUGGUAAAGCUUGAUUGAAGUGGUAUUUCUACUGCUAGCACUGUUAAUGUAGCUGUCCAUAAUACAGGUACCCUGAUGUCAUAUUUUAUAUUUCAUCUAAUGGGACCACUCAGUAUAAAUUAUGACUGAGCCAAGAUUGAGUGUAGUCAUUAUUAUAAGGAUUUUGUAUGCUUUUGUAAAACAAUAUCGCACAAUUAUUCAAAUAUGAAUUUGUAACCUUGUUGACAUAUGUAACCAGAAUUAGUAAUAGCUGUCUAAACUGUGUUUUUACAUUCUUUGCUAGAUUAUUACAUUGUUUUCACUUGUAUGCAGCCCUGCUAUAUAACAAUACAGGCAAACUCUUAUUAGUGAGUGUAUAUUUUUGCAGAUCAAAUAUUUGGCCUUUUUUGUAAAAUUGUAUUGGAAUCAUUUGAUUCAAAUAAUCCAGCUAUUUCUGAUACCAAAAAAUAACCACUAUUAUACUGGGGAUUUCUUGUUUUUAUUGUGGUGUUUUUAGAUUUGAAACUGUGUAUUAUGUGUGCCAUUUCUGAUGUACUCUCCAUUUUUUGUCCAAAGAUAUGCAGGUAGGCUGAGCUAAAUUCUCCAUGAGUGUGAAUAAGUGUAUGUAUGUGUGUAUGCUGUCCUGUGAUGGACUGGGGUGAAUUCUCUCACCUUGUGCCCAUUGUUUAUGGGAUUGGCUCCAUAUCCACUGUGACCCUUGCAGGGAUAAAGUGGUUACUGAAGCUGAAUGAAUGAAUGGACCUAUACUUUAGUUUAUUAAUUGGACACAUACAGCUUCUUUAAUUAACAAACAAGACUCUUUAAUGUAUAAUUUUUACAGAGUACAUGCAGUCCAGCAGAUACUGAAAAUCAGGAUUCUUAUUAAUAAAUAUACAGUUGAAUAUUUCCGUUGUUGGACAUUUAACAGGCUUUUGCCCUAUUUGGUAACUGAGCAAGAUUUCAGGGUUUUUUUUUUUUUUUUUUUGACAAAAAUAACUUUUGCUGUCAGGCCACUUUCUAUUUUUAGUUUUAUACCUAAAAUUAAAAUAUAGACUCUUUUUAAAAUCA